UUCAGAUCAUCCGCGAGUUGCUGGCUUGCUUUGGUUUUAUUUCUUUAUAUUUCUCUGAUAUUUGUGUGAUUAUUUGAUUAGGUGUGUUUAUGUGCCUUGUUAAAGAGACUGCUUCUGCUUUAUUCCCGUGUCAUUGCUGACCUCUACUUCAACUUCACAGCUCAUCAUCAUCAUGGACUCCACAGAAAACGGUGUCGCGACCCCUCCCAUCUCCGGCGACGAGGCUCCUGCUGUCGAGGCUCCCAAGACCAAGUCGGUCACCUUUGCCGAGCCCGAGAUCGAAGGCGAUCUCUCAGACGACGACAACGAGAAGGAUCUUGGACUUCCCCCGCAGCCUGACAACCCGGACUUUUCGAAGCUCAACCCUCUCAGUCUUGAGAUUAUUGGAAGACAGGCGACUAUCAACAUUGGAACUAUCGGACACGUCGCCCACGGAAAGAGUACUGUUGUGAAGGCUCUUUCAGGUGUCCAGACUGUUCGAUUCAAGAACGAGCUCGAGCGAAACAUUACCAUCAAGCUCGGAUACGCCAACGCCAAAAUCUACAAAUGCGACUCACCCUCCUGCCCGCGACCGGACUGCUACCGCUCGUUCCGCUCUGAAAAAGAAAUCAACCCCCGGUGCGAGCGACUAGGCUGCAACGGCCGCUACCAGCUCUUGCGACAUGUCUCGUUCGUCGACUGCCCCGGUCACGAUAUUCUUAUGUCUACUAUGCUUUCAGGAGCCGCGGUCAUGGACGCCGCUCUGCUUUUGAUUGCCGGAAACGAGUCGUGCCCGCAGCCUCAGACUAGUGAGCAUUUGGCUGCUAUCGAGAUCAUGAAGCUCAACCAUAUCAUCAUUCUCCAAAACAAGGUCGAUCUCAUGCGGGAGUCUAACGCGCAGGAGCACUACCAGAGCAUUUUGAAGUUUGUCAAGGGAACCGCUGCCGACAAGGCGCCCAUCAUUCCGAUCUCUGCGCAGCUCAAGUACAACAUCGACGCUGUGAACGAGUACCUUGUGAAGUCGAUCCCAGUCCCGCCAAGAGACUUUAUGGCGGACCCCAAGCUGAUUGUCAUCCGAUCGUUUGACGUGAACAAGCCCGGAUCCGAGAUUGACGAGUUGAAGGGAGGUGUUGCCGGUGGAUCUAUUCUGAACGGUGUUUUGCGACUGGGAGACGAGAUCGAGAUCCGUCCUGGUAUUGUCACCAAGGACAACGAGGGAAAGAUCCAGUGCCGCCCUAUUUUCAGCCGAAUUAUCUCGCUGUAUGCAGAGCACAACGAUCUCAAGUUUGCUGUCCCUGGUGGACUGAUUGGUGUCGGAACGAAGAUCGACCCUACGCUCUGCCGUGCUGAUCGUCUUGUGGGCCAUGUGCUGGGAUCGAAGGGCAAGCUGCCUGAGAUUUACACCGAGAUUGAGAUCAACUACUUCCUUCUCCGACGACUUUUGGGAGUCAAGACUGAUGAGAAGAAGCAGGCGCGUGUGUCGAAGCUGACCAAGAACGAGAUUUUGAUGGUCAACAUUGGCUCGACUGCGACUGGUGCGCGGGUUGUUGGUGUCAAGGCCGAUUUGGCCAAGCUGCAGCUUACGUCGCCAGCGUGUACCGAGAUUGGCGAGAAGAUUGCGCUUUCACGAAGAAUCGAGAAGCACUGGCGUUUGAUUGGAUGGGCUACGAUCAAGAAGGGAGUGACUUUGAAGCUGAAGGAUAGCGAGUAGAGAAGUAACAGGUAAAGAAAUACCAAUUUACAUUUACUUUGCGUGGUUUUACAUUAUUGAUGUCCUUUGUUUCUGCUUUUAUUGAUCUUUUAUACAUUGGUUGUUGGUAUCC